UUCGAGCAAAAUGGCGACUACGCUCAUGACAUGUUGUCUGAGUGAUAGAGACAAAUCUGAACGGCUAACAAGCCGUGACAUUGAUCGACGGCUACUUAAAGACCGAAUGACAUUCCGAAGAACAGUAAGAAUCUUAUUAUUGGGUGCCGGUGAAAGUGGUAAGAGUACUUUUUUGAAACAAAUGCGAAUCAUUCACGGUGUCGAUUUCGCGAACGAAGAUCUUCAAGAAUUCAAGACGGUGAUAUAUAACAAUAUUGUGAAGGGUAUGCGUGUUUUGAUUGAUGCAAGGGACAAAUUAGGAAUACCAUGGGGAGACGAAGCAAAUAUUAAAGAUGCCAAUUUUGUGUUCAGUUUUGAUGGGAAUAAUAAACUGGAUGAUCACACGUUUCUUCAAUAUGUUGAACCAAUGAAAUGUUUGUGGAAAGAUUCAGGAAUAAGAGCAGCAUUUGACAGAAGAAGAGAGUUUCAGUUGGGUGAUUCUUUACAGUUUUUUUGUGAGAAUAUGGAUCGAAUCGGUCAACAGAGCUACAUUCCAACUAAAGAGGAUAUUCUGCAUUCAAGGAAAGCUACAAAGGGCAUUACAGAAAAGACAAUAUAUAUUAGAGGUGUACCGUUUAUGUUUAUUGAUGUGGGUGGACAAAGAUCACAGAGACAGAAAUGGUUUCAAUGUUUUGAAGGGAUUACAUCUAUUCUGUUUCUGGCAUCAUCAAGUGAAUUUGAUCAAGUACUAAUGGAAGAUCGGAAGACGAAUCGGAUGCUGGAAUCUUGUUUUAUAUUUGAGACUAUUAUUAACAACAAAUGUUUUGUGAAUGUUUCAAUUAUUUUAUUUCUGAACAAAAUGGAUUUAUUGACAGAGAAAGUGAAGAAAGUGAACAUUAAGGAUUAUUUUGAAGAAUUUCAAGGCAAUCCACAUAAUUUAGAAGAUGUCAAAAUAUUUAUGUUAAAAAUGUUUGAUUCUCGUCGACGUGAUAAAUCUAAACCUCUUUUUCACCAUUUUACUACAGCAAUAGACACUGACAAUAUUGAACGAGUAUUUAAAGAUGUGAGGGACACGAUAUUACACGACAAUCUCAAAUCUCUCAUGUUGCAGUGAACAAAAAACAUACUGGUGUUAUUAUCAAAAUGGAUAAGUAAAUGAGCCUCCUAUAGCAAUAAUAAAAUGUAUGUAAGACUGUCGUUCAGUGCCUCACAUAAUUUAAUGUUAGUAGUUUAUAUCUGGUACAUCUGAAUUGCCUUUUGCUAUUUACAAAUAACUUUUCAUAUAUAAGUUCCCUUUCAGUUUCAGUGUGUCAUUUCAUUCACUAUCAUUUACAUCACUCAGUAAUGUUUUGCAACUACAUCAUAUAUUGUUAUCAUAAAGAAUAAAAGAUUUCAUUGAUACACACAAUGAAUAGAAAAAAAUAUUUAAAAAUAUUUUAUCAUUUUUCUGAAUAUACAUACACAUAUUUAAUAUUUUACUAUUUUAAGUUUUGAUAUAAAAUUUAUCUACAUGUAUUACGUUAUAAAGACAUGUUGAUAUAUUAUGUUAAAUCUUUUUAAGCUCAGCACACAAACAAAUUUGGAUCAAUAUGCCAUGGUAAUGAAACUAUUGUUAAUGUUAAUUUUAGUGUUCAAAAAAGUUGAUGUAAGCUUAUUGAAUGAUUGACCAAAUCUAGUAGUAAAAUGGUUUUUCAAUCAUCAGUGCAGCCAAGGAGUAACUGCACAAUAUUUAUCCAUUAGUAAUGAUUAUAAUCGCUAUAACAAUAUAACAUACAAGUGUAUUAUAAUUUUGCAUUCAAUCAAAGUUAUAUGUUAGUAAUUACAUGCUGGUGGUGUCUGAGAAACAUGCAUGGUGGUAACUUGAGAUGAAAAUGAUUAUGGAAUGAUUUUAUGUUAUGCUGUAAGAACAAUGUACAUGUAUUAACAUGCUUAAGAUUAACUUUUAAUUAAAUUAAUAAACACAACACAGUUUAUUUGGAAAUACAAUCACUGGUAUUUCCAUAUAAACUGUGUUGUGUUUUUUAAUGUGUUCAAUCGCUUAAUGCCACACAAGGAUUAAAUUAAAUUAAUGUUGACUUGAAUUUAUGUUAAUAAGAAAUUGUGAAAAGAAAAUGAUAAUAAAAAACACCCAUAUUUAUCACCCCCAAGCAACUCUUACAUGUAUUUAUUAAAAACAAAACAACUAGUAUUUGUGUAUAUGAUAAUACACUGCUGCAAUAUAUAUUAAACAUUUUGAAUGCACUAUAUUAUUUUCUAGAAAUGAAACGUUUGACUGCUGACAAUAUAAUAAACACUGUGUUAUAUUUAAGAUAAUUCAUCUUUGUAUGUACACCUUAACUAGUCCAUUUUUUUUUUACAAUCAUACUUGCAUAAUUUUUUGAUAUUUAAUUUAUUUGUAUAAAGAAUCUUUUUUCAGAAGUACUUGUACAUCAUUGGUUAAUGUUUUUCGUAUGGAAUUGUUAAAUAAUUUAAAAUAUUUAGAAUGGCUGAAUUUUGACCCAGAAUGUAUGGCCAUAGGCGUACGAGCUGGG